CGACAAGGGGUGGUGGUACGAUCGGAGAGUCUACAAUAGUAGCGUCUACAUGGAGUUUAACUUGGUGUGUGAAGACGAGCCUCUGAACAACCUGGCACAGUCUCUGUUCAUGGUUGGUGUUCUCAUUGGCUCCAUCCUGUUCGGACAGUUAUCAGACUCGAUAGGCAGAAAGAAGACCAUGUAUCUUGCUGUGCUGUUACAACUUGGUUUCGGCGUGGCAACCGCCUUCGCACCGAACUACAUUUGGUUUGUAGUACUCCGCCUCCUGGUCGGCUUCACUGCCAUGGGCGUUUUUCUCCCGGCUUUUGUGAUAGCGACAGAAAUGGUCGGCGUGGACAGAAGAACGUUAACUGGAACACUGAUUCAGUCGUCCUUCUCCAUGGGAGGGGUGGUACUGACUGGCAUAGCCUACCUCAUCAGGCACUGGAGCAGACUGCAACUCGCCAUCUCACUCAUCAACGUAGUGUUGGUUCUUACCAUGGUGGUUUGGAAUCGAAUCUCCAAGAUGGCAGCUCUCCAAGGGCCGGAAUGAGGAGGUAGUGCGCAUGAUCCGCCGCGCUGCAAAGGUCAACGGGGUCAAGGUACCGGACGAAGUGUUCCAUGCCGGGAAAAAACAAGUUACCGAAAAUGAUAAGAGGCAGUACACCAUUUUCGAUAUUGUCCGGACUCCAAACAUGGCCAAGAAAUCUGCCAUUAUAUUUUUUAAUUGGUUCGUAGUGACUGUAGUUUGGUUUGGUUUAGCCCUGAACACGCAACAACUGGGCGGGGAUAACUACCUCAACUUCCUCAUCAUGAACCUUGUGGACUUUCCCGCACAGAUCUUUUCCAUCUUUACAGUGAGUUACUUCGGAAGGCGCCCCUCCCUAACGUUUUUCAUGUUGUUCGGUGGAGCUGCCUGUAUCGUGACACCAUAUCUUGCUCCACCGUUUCUACCGGAAUAUAUGCAUCCCCUUUCCGUUGCGCUUCCUAUGGUCGGCAAAUUCGGGAACACUGCUGCUUUCUCCGUUGUUUAUGUCUGGACUGCCGAGCUGUACCCCACUGUAGUCAGAAAUGUUGGCGUUGGAGCAUCUUCCAUGUGGUCCAGAGUUGGCGGCAUCGCUUCCCCUUUUGUGAUGCUCUCUCAGACAGUCUGGGGGCCACUUCCCUACCUUAUCUUCGGCGGUCUGUCCGUCCUGGCCGGCCUGGCCGCCAUGUUGCUCCCCGAGACCCGCGGGGUUCGCCUACCGGAUACACUGGAAGAGGGAGAGAACUUCGGAAAGCGUACCCCCUACAACGGAUAUGCACCCAUACCUACUGAUGAGAAAGAGCCACCGACGGCUUGUAGCAAUCAGGGUUUGAGGAAUGAUGUGGCAGUGAAAGAAGACCCUGAUGCGGAGUCAAACUACAAAACAGCCAUACAGCGUUGCUAGGCAGACUGUGUAGAAACUAUUGGGUACACACUUCAUUUCGUAGAUUCAUUCAUCUUAAUGGCCAAAUUGGCCAAUGAAAUUUCUUCGUCAUUCAAAAUACGACGCACCAAGUUGAAUGUAUGAUAAAGCUUUUACCAUCUUUGAGAAAACUGUAAUUGGAUUUGAGAAAUGUUUUAAGUAAUUUUAACACCGUUGCGGAAAAAACGCACAGAUUCAACUUGAAUCAUGAUAAUUACUGAAAUACAAGAUACCUCCUACUUGUAAAGAAAAAUCCUUUUAGCAGUUUUUUAAGGUAGUUUUAGCGCUCAUCAGAAAAAGAUGCACAGGUAACCUUUGAAUUAUGAGUAUUGCUGAAAAGCAGGAUAACCAAGUAUAACGAUACAUUUAAGUUUUACAUCAUAAUAAUAAACCGGACGUAAACUUUAUGUUAAUUAAUAUACGCACAAUAAACAUUCGACGGCUCCAUCCAAAUCGUCCAUGUCAAUUUUACGGG